AUGUCAGGGCUCGACGUUGAGGCUCUCCUCGAUUCCACCGCCGCCGAGGAAGUCAAAGACACUCUAAAACAAGACGAUGAUCGCCAUCGUAGCGACCGUGCCGACCGGCGUGAUCGAGAGAAACACCGUGAUGGAUCCCGUGACCGCGAUAGGGACCGCAAACGACGCGAUCGAAGCCGUGAACUUCGACGAGAGAUAGACGACGACACCAAAAGUCCCCGAAGCGACCAUGGGAGUGCUAACGGAAGUCACAGAAGUAGCAGGAGAAGAAGUCGCAGCCGGGAUGAUGAGAGGAGACGUUCCAAACGAGAUGAAGACUACCACCGUCGAAGAUCCAGGUCUCCAGAUGCUGAUCGCUAUCACUACCGUCCAGGCGGAAGACCAAAGCGAGACGAUGAUGACAGGCGGGAUCGAGAUCGUGAUCGACGACGCUCGGCAAGUCCGAGAAAACGUGUCAAGAGCAAAACCCCCGAACCACAGCUCACUGAAGACGAGCGUGAUAGGAGAACGGUGUUUGUUCAGCAACUUGCCGCCCGUCUACGUACCAAAGAGUUGAUUCAAUUCUUCGAAAAAGCGGGUCCCGUCAAGGAGGCACAAAUUGUCAAGGAUCGAGUCAGCGGACGGUCCAAGGGUGUUGGCUAUGUCGAAUUCAAACAAGAAGAGUCGGUACCUCUUGCGAUCCAGAUGACCGGACAAAAGCUUCUCGGAAUCCCCAUCAUUGCCCAACUCACUGAAGCAGAGAAAAACCGACAAGCACGCAAUCCGGAAGCCAGCACUGGCCAUCACAACUCAGCCCCUUUCCAUCGCCUCUAUGUUGGAAAUAUUCACUUCAGCAUUACUGAGCAAGACUUGCAGAAUGUCUUUGAGCCUUUCGGCGAACUCGAGUUCGUUCAACUUCAGAAGGACGAGACAGGACGGAGCCGAGGCUAUGGAUUUGUCCAGUUCCGUGAUCCCAAUCAAGCUCGUGAGGCUCUUGAAAAGAUGAAUGGUUUUGACCUCGCAGGACGUCCGAUCCGAGUGGGCCUUGGCAAUGACAAGUUCACGCCGGAAUCAACUGCGAACCUCCUCCAACGCUUUCAAGGACAGAACCCGCCUGGCUUUCAAGGGUCCGCAUUUUCCGGCUCCGGUGGCCGUGGGGCCCAGGCUGGCGGCUCUGGAGGCGCAUUUGAUCGUGCAGGCGGCCGCGAUACCGACAAGGGCUCUGGAAAUGCCAGUGCACUAGAUGACACAGACGUGGCCGGUGUGAACUUCAACAAUUACAGCAGAGAUGCAUUGAUGCGGAAACUCGCUAGGACAGAUGACUCUCCCGCCGAAGCCAAUCCAAAACGGGUUGCCCUGCCCAAGAAGGAAAGCAGGCCUCUUCCUGUCAAUGUGAGCCAGGCGAGCAGAUGCGUUUUGCUUCGCAACAUGUUUGAUCCUGCCGAGGAAGAAGGUGAGGCCUGGGUCAAAGAACUCGAGGACGAUGUCCGUGCCGAGUGCGAAGAAAAAUAUGGCCAUGUUGUACACAUCUCGGUCGAUCCAAACACGCAAGGCGACAUCUACUUGAAAUUCGAACGUGUUUCGGGCGGCGAGAAUGCCAUCAAGGGUUUGAACGGCCGAUACUUUGGCGGUAGGCAAAUUAGCGCUCAGCCCGUUGUUGACGCCGUCUACAGCAGUCUUUUUGCCAGGACCAAGGCCUUGUGA